AAUAUCUGGGACAAACUGACUGUAGCGCCACCUGCCAAUGAAGUUUCCAAGUUGUUGCACAAAACAACCAAAACAGUUUAUCAUUACAGGGUUUGAAGCUGUUAGUAAACAUUGUAAUAAGAACACAUAGCUGAUUUGGUUUUGGUUACACAAAAUCCUUGGUAAAUGAAAAAGGUUAUUCGUGUAUCUUUAUAUAUGAGUGCUGUUAGAAAAAGAUACCAUGUAAUGACUCAUUUAACUGAGAAAGAGUUUCUUGGACGACAUGCCAUCAAAUUGUGUGAGAAGAUUGGCCAAGGGUCAUUCUCCACAGUCUACAGGGCUGCAAAUGAGAGGGUUGGAGUAUGUGCCAUAAAGGUGAUGAAGAUGAAGGAGAGGAGCAUCAAGGAGGUUGAGGUCCUCCGUAACUUGCACCAUCCUAACAUUGUUCAGUACAUCGAGCACUUCGCUUCAGCCAAUAUAGUCUAUCUAGUAAUGGACCACUGCAAUGAUGGUGAUCUAGAGAACUAUAUUUACAAGAGGCAUAAGCUUGCUGAAUCAUUGGUGAAGAUAGUUAUGCAGCAGCUGGCACUGGCCAUGCAAUACCUCAAUAACAUCAACAUGUGCCACAUGGACAUCAAACCAAAGAACAUCUUGAUCUGCUCCAACCCAAGAUUGACAUUCAAGCUAUCUGAUUUUGGGGUUGCUGAAGUCAUCAACCCGAAUGAAAUGGAGAAGUGGAGGCAGAAUGGAACCGUUGCAUACAUGGCUCCUGAAAAGAUCAUGGGAAAACCUUACGACAUCACGUCCGACUACUGGUCUCUCGGCGUCGUCAUGUUCCAAUGCCUUUUUGGAAGACCAUCCUAUUUCCAUGCAUCUCUACAAGCAGUUAAAGCUAUGAUAACUAAAGAAAAUUUGAUGACUAUCCCAAGGCAUUCGCACAUGUCCGCAAAUUGCGAAAAUCUAUUACGAAGUCUUCUUACUUACAACAAAGACGAUCGUAUCAAAUUCGAGGACUUCUACAAACAUCCUUUUAUUGACAUCAACAAAAUGCCGACUAACGAAAAUUACAAUUAUAUUGUUAUCUUGGUUACUGAUGCCCUUGAGCUGGAAUCCGAUAGGAAGUAUGAAGAGUCUCUCUUCAAGUAUCAAGAGGCCGUUUCUCUAUUGCAUCCUUAUAUAAUGACAGAGCCAAAUCCGGCACAGAAGUAUAAGAUGGAACUGAAAUUUAAUCAAUACAUAUACAGAAUAAACGAGCUCUGCAGAUACAUCUCCGAUAAGAUUAUACACAGCAAGCUUUGUGAUAACAGCUUUGAUUUGUUGAAGACCAUGGCCAAAUCCACGCCGAAGAUGUUGUCAGGAAUCAACAUUGGUGUUAUUGCGGAAGAGUAUUUUGCUGAAGGAAACGCCAUCCAAGCAUUCGUGAAGAUCAAUGAAGCUCUAGCUUUAUUAGUACCGAUCUGCAUGACAGAACCAACUGGAUACAGAAAAUCACUGUUGUUGGCUCAGAUUGAUAAAUGGCUCACAAUGGGUGAGGAAAUUAAGAGAAUUACUGACUAAGCUAAAUAUUUUAAUGAUAUAACAACAAGUUAUCUUAUUAUAAUGUCUGUCUAACCAAACCAUGAAUUUAAUAGGUAUUAGUGAUAUAUGUAUAUGUAGCAUCAAUCAGAUGAUUUAAAGAUAUAUUUAAAAAAAAAGAAGAAUUUAGAAUGUUAUAUUUUGUUAAAAAGAUUCUACUCUAUAUAUCUGUACCAAUUUUAAAAAGUGAAAUUAGCAGACACCUUGUUAAACACUAGGAAAAAAUAUUUAUUAUAUAUUUAUAUUUUGUUACCAAAUUUUUGUUAACUUAUAUAUGUGAUGUUAGUAUUAGGAAAAUUCCGGAGAAUAGCAAAUAUAUUAGUGCAUUUAAUUACUAAUAUAUACUGGUAUAAUAUCGGGGGAAAGCAACUAUUUAAUUACAGUAGUAGAUGCACUUAGUAAUUAGCUAUUAUUCCUUCCUUAUAAGUUUCGACUGAUGGCAACUUCGAAGAGUUCUAAUUCCAAUGGGUUUAAGUGCCAAAUUAUCCUUAGACCUUCUUGCUAUUUAUGAAUGUCUUAGCUGUCAAAAAUUCAUUAAAAUUUAAAUAAAAUUA